UCAUCUCAGUUACCGGUACCGUAUACGUAUUUAAGUAGACGUGCUAAUUGGAGAAAUGCAACAGAUAAUCCAGUACUCUUGUAUGUCCCUUCCUUCCUCUGUUCCUCCCUCCACCCCCCCAAUAACCCGAAUACAUCAUCGGGGUAUGGUAAUCUAACACUUAAGCCGUGCACGUAGCAUCUGCGACCUCCAAGAGAAAUUCCGCACAGCAAUAUUCGGUUUCGACAAAUGGUUCCCAUAUCCUGUCCCCCCUCUAUCCUCCUCCUCCUCCUCCUCCAACUCUAAGACUAACAGCAAUUAGCGUUCUAACCGCCCAAAAACUGCUGAAAGCUAGUUCGUUCUCACAAUCUUGAUGUGCCCGAGUAGUACAUAUCCAUCUCUGCUAACUAACGUGCUAGGCCAAAUUCUGCAGAUACCAACAUACGCCACAACCCAACUAUCCGCGAAACUCGGCCCCCUGGUCCCGGAACUCUACCCGCUCCCGGCGGAUGUCAAAGUCGUGGAUAAAUCACUCUUCAGUAUGAUGGUACCUGAGCUCCGCGCGCGCCUCUACGAGGACCGCGAGAAGAAGUCUGUCGCGUUGGUCGGGAUAGAGAGUCAUAUAUGCGUGCUGCAGACCUGCCUCGACCUGCUGGCCGCGGGGCAUAGGGUUUAUGUUAUUGCAGAUGGGGUGUCGAGCUGUAACCGACAGGAGGUGCCUGUUGCCCUGGAGAGGAUGCGGCGCGAGGGAGCCGUGGUUACGACGAGUGAGAGUUGGAUGUAUGAGGUUAUGGGGGAUGCCGAAACCUCGGGGUGAGUAGUUUAUAUGGAUAUUCGUAAAGGAGAGGAAUGUUGGCUGAUACGGUCUGUAGGUUCCGGCAGAUAGCGGGGUUAGUGAAGGAGUCAAAGGAGUCGACAAUGUUGACGCUUCAGUCGCUUUUGUAGUGGUGGUAAAUGUUUGUGAUGCGGGUUGGGAGCGUGCUCUUAUUACCGGUCUACCAUUCUUUGCCUUAGUACUGUGCAAAUAAACCUCCUGGGUAUCUCCUUGGCCAGUACGGGCCUGGGAAAUGGAAGGUGGCUGCCUAAUGUAUCAUUUGGUUUCUGGUUUAUUCUUCUGCUCUGGGCCCCUCUUGGGCUCUCCUCACACGAAAACUACAGACAAAUCCACCCCUUCUCCUACCACCAAGAUUCUUCCUCUUCUGAUAAGAAUAUCAUCGGGAUAUAUCAAUAGAAAUGAUAGGAAAAAAGAAAAAAGGUGGCGGCCAGAUAUAGCCCCUCCACCCAGGCGCGAAACCCUGCAGAGUACAGUACAACUAAAUACGACAAGUGAUUUUCCGUGAAGGCCUUCUAAUAGUGAAUUCAAGUACACAUUGAAGAAAACCCAAAAGCCAUCUGAAAGCAAGAAAGGGAAGCAAGCAAAGGUACUACAAGUGCUUAAUUUUGAGAAGAAGAAAAAAAAAGCGCUCUACCCGAGAAACCUUCCGGUUUUUUAGAAAAGGGAAUAAAAAUAAUAAUUACCUCGGUCCAGUCCGAUAAUUUAGGCUUGAUGCCAUUCUAUUGUUGUCUAUUCAGUUGUGGUCUGAGCAGAUGUUUUUGGAGUCAUCCAAUGGAAAGCCGAAGCACCUCCAACCACGUUUGUUGAUUUCGCCUUAGGAGGAUGAAUCGCCCCUCCUUUGGGGAAAGAGUUUCCAACUUCCGCCGAGCUAACCCUACGCUGGGGACGGCUGAUCGUCUUAUCCCAGUUUCCACCCGCUCCAGCGCUCAAUGAUGAAUCAGUUUUGGGAAAGCCCCCUACUGGGGGACGGGGCAUGGGGCCAAUAGCUGAAGAAGCAUUAUCAAGCUCUGCCGAACCGGUUCCGCCACAGCCAUCUUCUGUUUGAUGAUUGGCUCUAGCCUCGGACAGGGAGGACGAUUUUGAUGUGCGUAAAACCUUCAUCCCGCGGGAGGAUGCCCGAGAUGUUUUGGCUGUUCCCGUACCGCUAUCAUCUCUUCCUUGAAUGGUUACUUUUCUCCAAGAAUCCCAAAUUAGCCCCCCCUCCUUCGUGUUCCCAGCUAUUGCUUCUCCAGACUUGACAGUGCUAGAAUUCCACGAGCUUCCCCCUUCCCCAUCACUCCUAGUCCUGCGCUCAGCGUAAUACGAGCCUUUCCCAUCCUCUUCCUCACCCGAAGAUGUCCCACCAUCAUCAGCCAGAUUAAGCCUGACCCCAUACUCCCCCUUCCGAUCUUCUUUCCUCUUCUUCUCCAUCCCACUUCCAACUGAGUAUAUGCUGUUCCUCCGAACACCGGUAUACUUCCCCAGCGUGUCGUCGGGUUCAAGGGAGGAUUCGGGGGAGGUCAUUGUUGUUCUGCUGAUAACGGAAGCCUUCCGCCCUCGUACAGGCUUUGGUGAUGACACAGGAACAUGGGAUCUUUUUAGAUCGUCUAUGUCAAUCCCUGGUGCACCGUGUUCAUCGAACCCGGCAGGUUUCAUAAAAGUUGUACCCUGUUCUUGGCAGCCCUCCGUUCGUAACAAAGGGCCCGGAAGGUCCCCCGAGAGUUGAUCACCAACAUGUGUUGUACAGACGUCCGAGUAGCAUGCAUGAGCCUCCGGCCGAUGGAAAGGAACAAACAUUUUCCGCCCAUCAUCUACCUGCAACAACAGUUGACUCUGAGAAAACAGCACAUCACCCAUGUGGUCUGACAUGAAGUCACUUCCCAGGAAAAUUCCCACUUCGCCUCCUUCUCCACAACCCCCCUUUCGAUUGGGCAUUACGCUGAACCGAAUGUUGAGUGGCGGGAGGCUGUGAUGCCCGCCUCCCCUUGCCGGUUGCUGAAUUGUAGCAUCAGGGAGAUGCAAAGUCAAGUUAAUCUUGUAUUCGCCAUUCGUGUCUUUAUUGAUCCGAUCUUGUAACCCAAACCGAGCAAUCAAUGAUAUAUCAAUCAAAGACUUGACAGAACCAGUGCAAACAACAGCGUAUAAGCACGAAGUGGAAGGGGAAGUAAAGUCAGGCCAACAACGAAUAAUAGCUGGCGCUGGCCCAGAGGGUGGGGCAGGAGAUCGGUGAGUCUCGCAAUCAAGGAGUUCGAGGUUCUGGAGUGGAGGAUUGAAAGGCACACCACCGUUGAUCUCACCCUCGAAGAAAGAGCUGUUGUCGCCAUACGAACGCAUUGAGCUUUGCCUUCCAUCCGAUUUAUGGUCAGAUUUAUGGGAGGAAGAUCUCUCGGUCAUGGGGAAACCCCCUAGGCUACUGCUACUAUUCCGGUGGCCGAAAUAGUCAUUCGAACCUUGAGAAUCAUGAAUCCAGUGGUUUUGGAUGGCACUGUCAUCAAAACGUACACUAUUUGCCCUAGAUGCACCCCUCCUUGGCACGUCAACCUCAUCUAGCUGCAGUCCGGCCAAUAAGUUGUGCUGAUGUUCUUCAAAACCGCUGAAAUCUUCUGGUGGCUCGGGGUUGUUUGUUUCUGCGCAUCAAGGAACCAAACGUCAGCUUGACAAAGCUUAAACCUUUGAUGGUUAGGAAUAGAGGGGUCAGAUGAGAAACCCUGAAAUGUAAGCCUACGUUGUGCAAACGAGUUGGAGCUAAGCAUUGGCGGAAAAGGAGAUGGCGUGCCCCAGAGUGAGCGUAUCCUCGAUUCAUCCUGGCGCUGUUCUAGCCUGUUGAGUCUCUCGGAAUGCUGGGUGAGACGCUCGGCGUGCUCGAACUGGGAGGUCUUUAACAACCUUAUCUCCUCCUGAAGUUCUUGCAACCCCCACAUGUGCUGAGGGUGACUGAACGUAUCCAUCCUCUAGGGGAACAUGUACGACCCGUUCCAGAGGGCAAUCACACCCCCGAAUGGCCUCCUUGCUAGCAAUGUUCUUCCGCAGUCGACGAUGUAAACUCGUGGUCUAUUGUAUAGGGUGUGGCCGUUGGACGGAAAGGAAGAGGCGAGAUUGUACGAUAACUCCCGUAAGAUUCUUAGCGAAUUCCGGUGUACCGUAGUAGGUAAUUAUUUGAAUAACGGAAUGUUUCCACGGCGGAGAGUGAUGCGUUUGGUUUGGGAUGCCUGAAUGCGACCUUGUGAAUAGUGAAACGACCGGGGGGGCGUGUCAAAAUAGAGUACCACGGUGCUGACCAAAGCCAAAGAUAUAUGGGCCGUAAGGGUACUGCACUGGGGCGUUUGCAGGGGGUACGAGAAGAUACAGCACUAGUAACAGAUAACUAUGAAGCAAAGGUGGGGAGGCGUCGAUAAGGCGGAGGAUUGUAGAUGGUGACGGCGGAGAUUCGGGCGCUCCCUGGGGAAACUGCUCUUUUCUUUUUUUGAUUCUUGGGUUUUUUGGUACGGGAGACGGGGAAAGGAUCUGACUUGCAAUUUCUACCCCAGGACAAGAAACGUAGGAGGUACAGCCGGUCGGGAGGAGGAAGGUUGAGAACUCGUCUGAAGGGAGGGUUGGAUGAAGGGCGCGAGUUGCAGCUCUUGCCUCUGGAACUCUUCAGAUAAUCAUUCACGUGUGGCGAGAAAGAUGACUAGCUAACCUAAGCGAAUAGAGACGGUGCAACCACGACUUCGAGCUUCUGCCUUAUCACGGUAGGUUACA